AUCUAAAAGUCCUCGUCUUUCUCUUUGUUCUUUCCCGAAUUCCCCAGGGUACGGUCCACUUCGCUCGCAACCUUCCCCAGCCAUGGCGACCGCGACGCGGAGGCUGCUCCCCGCGCUCCUCAGGACCCUAGCUCCAGCCGGCGCGCGCGGCCUCUCCACCGAGAAGGCUGUUGGCGCAGCCGCCGUCGUCGGCAGCCACACCGCUAAGUGGAUGCAGGACACGAGCAAGAAGUCGCCAAUGGAACUGAUCAACGAGGUACCUCCAAUCAAGGUUGAUGGUCGCAUUGCCGUCUGUGAAGGGGCUUCUGAAGGUGUUGGACUUGGCCACCCAAUCGAGUACAUCUGCCUUGAUCUGGAGGCACCUAAUGUGUGCAAGUACUGUGGUCUCCGUUAUGUUCAAGUUCACCAUCACUAAAUUGAGAAGAUAAUGCUGUCUACCGCUGCAGAAGCUGAGUUGAGGAGUUUAUGUGCACACACAUUUGUUCCACAAUGUUCUGUAGCGUACUUUGAACUAUGCUUGCGGGCAAAAUAUUACCUUUGAUGAUCAUCCUCUUCUCGGGCGAUCUUUUAUUAAUCCUGUCUUAGUAUGGUUCAUUUUUCUACAGAUGAAUUGUGCUCCUUUUUCAGAAUCUAUACAAGCUGUGUGUAUUGAAGUUUUACUCUGAAUAAGCAUGGAACUAACUCUAAGGCAAUUUAAUC